UCAAUCAGCAUCGCCUGCUGGGUCGUCGUUUUCUCACCACAGAUCAUCGAGAACUUCCGACGCAGCUCCGCCGAGGGAUUGAGCGUCGAAUUUGUCAUCAUCUGGCUGGCCGGAGAUGUCUUCAACAUUCUGGGCUCGGUGUUGCAGGGUGUCCUGCCGACCAUGAUCAUCCUGGCAAUCUAUUACACAUUUGCAGAUGUCGUCCUGCUGGCGCAAUGUUUUUACUACCGCGGCUUGGUAUUCCGGGAUCCUCGACCGGACAUCCCAACCCCGGCGACAAAUGCUCCGACCGAAACAUCUCCAUUGCUAAAUGGCAAUUCUACUGGAAAUUUGAAUGUCCCAGCAUCAUCAAAUCAACACGUCCCGAACGCGGCAGAUGUCGAAUACACACCCAGUCGAUCCCGUCGCUCCUCCUUCCGGGAACGUCUCACCAGCAUCGACGCCACCCACCUCUCUCCCGCCGCGCCCAUGCAUCCCCAACCUAACCCAAGCUCGCCAAAUGCCUCCAUCAAAGCCUCCCGACCACGAAACUGGGCGCAAGCAAUCCUCUUCAACGGAACGGUAAUUAUCCUGGUCAUCCUGGCAGGAUUCCUCGGCUGGUACCUCAGCCCCGCAUCAUCCGAAAAGAACGACAAGGACCAAGCAAAGGGAACCAAUCCUGCCAGCCACCCUUCCUUCAACCUCUGGGGCCAAAUCUUCGGCUACAUCUGCGCGGUGCUCUACCUCGCCAGCCGGGUCCCACAGCUCCUCCUCAACUACCGACGGAAAUCCACCGAAGGCCUAAACGCCCUCUUCUUCAUCUUCGCCUGUAUCGGAAAUCUGACCUAUGUCUUCUCCAUCUUUGCCUUUGAGCCCGUAUGUAGCUCCCGCGGUGGCGCGCAUCAUCACGGACGGUGGCAGGAGCGCAGUUGUACCACCGAUGAGGCCCGCGCGAUCUAUGGCAGGUACAUGUUGGUGAAUUUGAGUUGGUUGAUUGGCAGUUUGGGCGCAUUGUUUUUGGAUUUCGCCGUGUUUGGGCAGUUUUGGGUUUAUCGGGCCAAG